AUGAUUAUAUUGAAAGAGAGCCUGUUUCAGGGCUUUACCCUGAUGAUGAUUGCCUUAGGGUUAGGUAUUGGGUUUUUGCUGAGGCUUAUGGUUUCUGUAACUCAAGAUCAAAUGGACUGGAUCAAAUUCCCGGGAGAUUUGUUUUUUAACCUGCUUCAGUUAUUUGCUGUCCCUCUCAUUGUGACAAGUGUGAUGGCAGAAGUAAGUGGAUUAAACAGCAGAUUGCCUGGGAGAUCAGCCGUCUUCCUAACAACGUACAUCUGUGGCUCCACCAUUCUGGCCGUAACUCUCGGAAUGAGUCUAGUGCUCCUGGUCAAGCCUGGUAUGGAUCACACAACCGGCAAAACAACCGUUAACAUAAAUAUGCCAUCCUCCUCUAUGCAUGUGAUUUUCAUGGAUCUUAUUAGACUCUCCUUUGACUCGCAUAGGAACGUGGUUCCAGAGAGCUUCGUUCAGGCUUUCUACGAGCAUUACAAGACAGAGAUUGUUCAGGUUAAAAUGAAUAUUCCUAGACACUACCUUGAUCCAGCGCAGAAUGGCACUGAGACACGACUGAUGGGCAAUUAUGUCCCUGGAGCCAACAUGGUAGGACUGAUCGCCUCGUCUUUCACCAUCGGCAUCAUGUUAAACAAGGCGGGACUCAAGGCCAAAGCCACUGUGAAGUUCAUUAAAUGCCUCAGCAUUGCACUAAAAAUCAUUUUCAACUGGAUCCUGUGGUACUUGCCAAUCGGCCUUUUGUUCCUGGUUGUGGAAUACGUGUUGGACAUUAGCGACUGGACCGUUAUCAUUAAACUUAUCAGGCUUACAGGGGUCAUUUUUCUGGGGCUCGCAAUCCACUCCUUUCUUGUUCUUCCAUUGAUUUUCUUCGUGUUCACCAAACAGAACCCCUUUCUCAUCUUCUUCCAGAUUUCCAAGGCUUUGUUCACCUCAGCAAUCUUGGCGUCCAGCGCCGCCACUCUGCCUGUCACCAUUCAAUGCUGUGAAGCAAACGUGAAGGUCAAUACGAAACUCUGCCGGCUCAUGUUGCCAAUGGUCAGCAGCAUCAACAUGAACGGGAUGGCGCUGUAUGAAGUGGUCGCUGUCCUCUUUAUUGCCCAGAUAAGUGACAUCCUUUUGGAUGUCACCCAGAUCAUCACCAUUUGCUUGACCUGUUGCAUUUCAAGCUUUGGAGCCGUAGGAGUUCCAGCAACCGGAUCUGCAACCACUAUCCUGAUUUUGACAGCUGUGGGACUACCUGCACAUAAUGCCUCCCUUCUGCUGGUCUUUGAGUGGUUUCUAGACCAUUUCACUACCAUAGUCAAUGUGCUAGGAGACUGUUUUGGUGUGGCUCUCAUCAAUCAUCUGUGCCAGGAUGAGAUCGUGAUCCUGGACAAAUCAUCAAGUUUGGAAGGAAUGCGUUCCACCAGGGAGCUCGAGCUGGACUUAUUCUGUUUGGAGCCCGAAGAAGAGUUCAUCCCUUCCUCUUCCUCAGGAUCCAUUUUAUCUAUGUGAGGGGAUCAUCUCAGCACCAUAUUAGCCCCAACGUAUUAAGCCUCAGGACAGGAAUGUCAGCAUCCUGGGGUGUCUGAGCUGAUCAUUUCUUUGUUUGAAUAUAAUUGUUGCUAGCAGGAUGGUGCCAUAGCAGUUUAUUCAUCUGUAUUUAGUUUCUGUUUUAUUUCAGUUUUUGCAACUUUUACAUUAUUUAUUUAUAUUCACUAAUUCAUUAACACUAUUCUAGAGUUUAUUGUUGUGUGCAAUGGCGUGUUUAC